AAGGAAAAGCCAGAGGAGAAAACCAGGAAGAAGAAACCUUUCAAAACCCUCUCCUUUCCCCCCUUUCGUCUCUCCCUCUUCGCUUCCCCGUUCUCGCGGUGGAGUCCGAGCGACUUCCCCCCUCUCUCGGAAGUAAAACCUACUCCCAUUCGGUACCAGAACUUGACCUUUUCCUUCUUGUUCGGGUGGUGUCUGUUUUCUGGAGCAUUUUGGUGGCGAAGUCCCUGUUUUGGGUUGCCGUUGGAGACCAAGAUGGAAGGGGGGACGGAGGGUUACAAUUCGCGGACGCCGGAGGAUGUGUUUAGGGAUUUCCGAGGCCGGCGAGCCGGAAUAGUCAAGGCUCUCACCACCGAUGUUGAGAAGUUCUACCAGAAAUGCGAUCCUGAAAAAGAGAAUUUAUGUCUAUAUGGUCUGCCUAACGAGACUUGGGAAGUGAACUUGCCAGUCGAGGAAGUUCCUCCCGAGCUUCCAGAACCAGCAUUAGGUAUAAACUUUGCUCGUGAUGGAAUGGGCGAAAAGGAUUGGUUGUCACUAGUUGCAGUUCACAGUGAUGCAUGGUUAUUAGCUGUUGCUUUCUACUUUGGUGCACGCUUUGGGUUUGAUAAAGAAUCCAGGAACCAGCUCUUCCAAAUGAUCAAUAGCCUUCCAACCAUAUAUGAAGUUGUGACGGGAAUCACCAAGAAACAAUCCAAAGAUAAAACCCCUAGCAGCAAUGGCAAGAGCAACAAAUCUAGUUCAAAGUCGUCGAGACCAUCAGAGUCCCAUGCAAAAGCCUCAAAGAUGGCUCCACCGACGGAGGAACAUAGUGAAGGAGAGGAUAAGGACGAGGAAGAUCAUGGAAAUACUCUAUGUGGUGCAUGUGGAGACAACUACGCCAAUGACGAGUUUUGGAUAUGCUGUGACAUUUGUGAAAAAUGGUUCCAUGGGAAAUGUGUUAAGAUCACUCCUGCACGGGCUGAGCACAUCAAACAAUACAAGUGCCCUGCUUGCACUACCAAGAGGGUUCGAACAUGAAGGAACAGGAAGUAUGUGUCUUUUGUUUUAGAAACAAGGGCUUUAGAUGCAGCAGGAAAUGGGACUACACACUGGAGUUUCCUUGAUCUUACCUUGCACUAGUAUGGUUUAUUAGUUACAGACAUUUAGCAUUAGCAAACUGAAUCUGCCCGCAUUAUCUUUCCAGACAUGUCUUAGCUUGUUGAAUGAAAUGCUUCCUUUUGAAUACCCAUUUUA